AGUGACAAUGCAGCGUCGCAUAGGAGGCUGUUAGGCAACAGUGCUAUGAGAAAGGAUAAUGUGAUCAAGAUGUAAGUUUCUUGCCACUCUUUGUUGAAAAAGUGUUAUGCAGUAGCCAAGGCUAGACCCAACAUUAACAAUGAGCCUAUUUCUGAAGUUGUCACUGAGCAUCAGUGUCAAAACCUGAUGUCAUUUUCUUUUGCUGUUACCCCUCAUUGAAAUUCCUUUGAUUUUUUUUAUCAUGAGUAGGCUAAAUAGUGCUGAUACUUCCGAUGUUGACAGACAUAGACUUUAUGAAGAUGUAGUGACACAAAAUUUAUGUAGUGUUUAAAUUUGCCAUGAAAUUCUUGGAUAGGAAAGAUGAGGGUCAAGUUCAGCAUAAAGAUAACAGGCGCAUACCACUGCUCUUGGUGGCCAAUACGUAUAGUGUUAGGUUGCAGUCCCCAUGUCAGAGGUCCAUGCUUUUGCCAAGCCAAUAACUGGUUAGCUGACAUCACAUCCCUAUGCUGCAGUGAUACUCAAUCUGUGCAGAUGCAUAUCUCCUUUCCUCUCCUCCUGCAGCAAAGCAAACAUGACAGUAAUUCGUCUUCACUUUCAGUGCCUCGGGACAACGCAAAAUAGCCCAGCUGGUCCUCUAAGGGACUGAGGAUGGGAGUGACAUUUUACACAACUGAGCUGUUUAACCAUUUUUGUCAACACCUGUGUCUGAAUGAGAAUAGGCCUACAGAAGAUAUUUUAUUCAUAGGCUGCCAACCCACUCAGGAAAAAGAUAUUGAAAUGUAUUUUUAAGUGUCAAAAAUGUAAUUGUGGGCCAAUUUAGAACUUUUACAUAUAUUUCAAAAAUAUGUUGUGGAAAAUAUAUUUCAAAUAUGUUUUUGUUGUGUAUGGGCCUGUAUGGGCAUUCAGAACAAAAGAUACAGAAACAUAUGAGGUUUCGGGAAGCAACUGUUUAUGAAAACCUGCAGGGACAGCCUCACCUAACAUCACCUCAGGCUUGUCUAGGGUCAUUAUCUGCUUUAGCACAGUUUUUGUCGGGGACUGCGAUUUCCCUGUAAUUGUUUGUUUUGGCAAAAAGUUUCACACCGAAGCACACACCAACCUGAAGUAGCGCUAAUAUUUAUUGAUCAGAACUAAUCUGAUUGCAGGUCGGGUCCUUAUCUACAGUACUCCAUGAUGACUGUGGCUGGAAAUGAUUUUCUCUCACUUCUUUCUCAAAGAUUUCUCUUGCGUAGAAAAAAGACCAGAGUUCAGUUUUCAAUAUUUUAUAGAUCAGGGUACCAUGAGUAACAUCUCAACAAUGGUGCUGAAGCAAAGAGGGAGGAGAGGGCAGGUGCACGAAAGUUACCCAAAAGGGACGGGAGUGUGUCCUCCUUCCGCCCCUCCUGUAGGCAAAACAAGGUAACCAGGCCUUGGGGGUUCAGCUGUCCACCCGACUCAGCCAACCCUUCAGCACUGGGCUAUAUUUACCCUUCUUCCUGGGUUACAGAGCCCCGCCAAGGGGUGUCAGCAGACCUCUCCACCGCCACCACCCCAUGCCGCCCCUGCUGUGGCAAUUAUGCCGGUGUUGCUGCAUCCCAGCCAUAGUAAACACACAGGGAGCAUUCCCCUGCCCACCCCCACCCGCGACCCACUGGACUAUUCUUAGCAGCUGGUAUGUACACAGCGGCCUCAUGGUCCGAUCGAAGAACCCAACUUUCUCCACGCGCGAUUCCAGCAAUCAUUACCAGUGGUCCAAGAGCGACGCAUCAGGGGGAAAUGCAAGCGGUUCUCUCUCAGCUGAUCCGCGAGUGAUCGGGGGAGCAAACUGGCUGAAGUUUGUUCAGCGGAAAAGGGAGAGCAGAGGGAUAGAAUGGCUACUUCAUCACUCGAGGUUUUUCCUUUCAAGGACCAGGAGCUGCCAACACACUUGCUAAGUCAACUGAACAGUCUUCGUCAUGAGCAGAUCUUUACAGAUGUUCUCCUGUGCACAGAGGACCAGGAGAUCCCUUGCCAUCGGAACGUCUUGGUUUCCAGCAGCCCCUAUUUCCGUGCCAUGUUCUGCAGCAACUUCCGAGAGAGCAACCAGGCUCGCGUGGACCUGAAGGGCAUCUCGUCAGAGGUCCUGAGCGGCAUCGUGGACUACGUCUACACCGGCUCCAUCACCAUCUCCAUGGAGCUAGUUCUGCCACUGAUGCAGGCGGCAUCCAUGCUGCAGUACGGACGCCUGUUUGAGGCCUGCUCCGUGUUCUUGCAAGGGCAGCUCAACCCGGACAACUGCCUGAGCAUGAUCCGCCUCUCGGAGAUCCUGCACUCGGACAGCCUGCGCGACCGGGCCAAGGAGAUGGCGGUGCGGAGCUUCUCGGACGUGGCGGCGUCCGAGGACUUCUGCGAGCUCUCGCUGCCGGAGCUCAUGUGCUACCUGGAGGACGACCGUCUCUGCGCCGAGGAGGAGCAGGUGUUCGAGACGCUGCUGGCGUGGAUCCACCACGACCCCUUCUCGCGGCGCGGCGCCAUCCACGACCUCUUCAAGAAGGUGCGCCUGCGCUACAUCCACCCGACGUACCUCUUCCAGUUCAUCGCCAACGACCCCCUGGUCCAGUCGUCCACGCUGUGCACGGAGAUCAUCGAGUCGGUGCGCCGGCUCAUGUUCUCGGUCAGCACCAAGUGCGCGGGCGAGCUCAAGCCGCUCUGGACCACGCCGCGGCGCUACACCUGCCACGAGACGCUGGUGGUGGUCGGCGGGCGCAAGAACAACGAGCAGACGUCGCGCGAGGCCCUGCUCUACGACGAGCGGACGCAGCGCUGGCAGUGGCUGGCCAAGCUGCCGCUGCGGCUCUACAAGGCGGCGUACGUGUGCAUCCACAGCAUCCUGUACGUGGUGGGCGGACUCAGCCUCAGCCUGGCGUCCGGCGACAGCGCGGUCAGCGCCACCGUGUACACGCUGUCGCUCAAGACCAACCAGUGGCGCACGGCCGAGCCCAUGCUGGAGGCGCGCUACGCCCAUCAGAGCGUCUCCUACCUGCACUUCAUCUUCGCUCUGGGGGGCAUCGGAGCGGACAAGCAGAUCUCCAGCGCUGUGGAACGGUACAACAGCAUGUUCAACCAAUGGGAGGCCAUGGCGCCCAUGCCAACGCCUGUCCUGCACCCAGCCGUGGCUGCCAACGACCAGCGGAUCUACGUCUUUGGAGGGGAGGAUGCCAUGCAGAACCCAGUCAGAUUAAUUCAGGUCUAUCAUAUCUCUCGCAAUCAUUGGUCAAGGCUGGAAACCAGGACAGUUAAGAACGUGUGUGCACCUGCUGCUGUGAUAGAAGACAAAAUAUACAUUGUUGGAGGCUACACCAGACGAGUCAUCGCCUACGACACCAAGGCCAACAAGUUUGUGAAGUGCGAGAACAUGCGCGAGAGGAGGAUGCACCACUCAGCGACGGUCAUCAACAACAAGCUCUACGUCACCGGCGGCCGCUUCCUCAACAGCCACGACGCCAUCGAAGACUCUGACUGCUUCGAGUGCUACGACCCCAAGGCGGACGUGUGGACUUCCAAAGGCUCGCUGCCGUACAAGCUGUUCGACCACGGCUCCCUCCCGCUCGUCUGCGUCUCCAACAGGCCCAACCCGCCGUGAGCUCCGAGAGGGGAGUGAAGUUCCGCACGAAUACGCGUCGCUUCUCAGAUGCCCCCCCCCCCCUCCCUACCCACCCCCUCUCGCCCCUCAAUCCUCAGCACGGCACAAGACUUAUGGGCCCGCAGCUGGCACUGGGAAGCAUCUAGGCCUGCUCAGAUUCCCCCGGUGGCGGUAUGGGGCGCCCUGCAUUGCGGGCGCUGGGGAAUGCAGCUGGAGCUGGAGCAUCUGCCGCGUCCUAAAUCAAAGGCGAUUUUGGGCCUGGCGAGCCGAGUUGUCACAUCCAAUGCCCCGAGGGAGUGUGUGGGUAAUGUGCCCAGGGGACAAGGGAGCGCAACACUCCGCUGCUGUGCACACAGAUUGGGGACCUCACUGAUGCGUGGCUCGUGCCCCAAAUACUCUUUCCUCACCAUCUAAUCCUGCAAAUAGAACUGAAAAAGGGGCCUGGAUAUUAGUCUGCAUCAUAGGACAACUUGGUUUGGAGGUCUAUUUAUCGCUUAAGGGUACCAAUAGAGAUUUUUUUCCCAUCAGAAAAGCAUUGACACCACUUGACACCAUUAAGGCAUUAAAAAAAAAAAGUAAAACGUUGUGGAUAAUAUACAUUCCUGCCCUGAAACCCUGGGCUAACGUUCGCACAUGCUAACAGAAUUGCCCAAUGUUAGAUAACAGGAGCUGUGCGAUUUUGGGAUAAUAGCGCGCGCAGUGAUUGAGAUUCAGCAGGUGGCCCACGGCCCCCAAGACCACGCGGCCACUUUACGCGAGGAGAUGAUUGGUUUUGGCUGAGUCCCCUCGGCGGGCGCGCGGGAGCAACGAGAGCCAUCUUGUGUGAUGAGAGAGCAGCAGGAUGCGCUUCUCCGCCCGUCUAACCGUCUCCCCUCGCCGCUUCAGAGAUCUGCUCUCGAGCGCAAGCUGUUAUUGCGUUUGGAGAUGAAGACUCUCUGUCUGUCGCCCGUGAUGACACAUUUCCAGAAAUGACUCCCGUACGGCAAUAAAGGUGGAUCCUACGGAGAACGUACGAGAAAAGACAAUUGACAGUUAAGGGCUAGGACAUGAGAGAGAAGGCAAAAUGGAGAUGAAAGCACAUUUGACGGCAUUUUGGCCUUCUUUAAAAGCAGUCAUUUUGAGACGUCCUUGACUCAAAGAUUUCCCUUCACUGAGUGCUUUGUGAGUCUUGCAGGUCACUUAGGAGUGCCUUAAAUACCAUUGAGACACAACUACAGGAGGGAAGAGGAAAGGCGUCUCUGGUGUCCCCACUAGUGUCCUAUAUCCAGCUGAUUCCAUUCUGUGCUAAAGCACAUUUCACCCUGCGGCGCCAGAUAGCCCUUGACAACUGUAGUCAUGGGAACCAGGAGCCACUAAGACAGGCCUGUUUUGCACUAGUCUUGGAGCCACAUGUAUAUGACACUAUACAAAGUCAUGUUUGCACCCACAACGCUACUACUUUGUACAGUAUACAAAUGCACUAUCCAAUGACAAGUUCUGCAGAGGUUUCAAAUUUGAUUGUAGACUGUGAAUUUCUAUUUUUUGUCUCUUUUAUUUUCUUCCUGUGACUGUUUUGUAAUUAUUUGAUAUAAAACAUGUCUAUAAUCCAAAGCGAUACAUAAAAAAAAAAAA